UCCGGAUGAGUCGGUCUUCUGUCUCUUAUCUAAUGCUCCUUGAAUCCUGGUUCUAAGAUUCACAGCACACAAAUUGCCGGUUCCUAAUGCAGUGUUUUCCAUAAUGGAACAUCACUAAUCUAAUCCAAAACAGCUAGCCUGGGCCUGAAAUAAGUAGUUACAACUCAUCAUCCAGAAUAAACUAUUAUCAAAAGGCCCAUUGAGACUCAGCUAGGGUGUGUUUAAAUUGGCCGAACCUCAUAGGCUCAAAACGCAAACAAGAGUUUGAUCAUGGCUAUAGUAAAAAGCCUUAUAGACUCCUUUAAUUCAAAAGAAAGCUUGAAUGGAUCAAAUAGAAGCUACAGAUGAGAAUAUUAACUUGAAGGAAAACGGCACCGUUUUAAGGAGAAAGACACUACAAGGAUAGAACCCUUUCUGCUUUCUGGACUCCAAUUAGACUUAAAUCCCGCUUUAACGAUUUAGGGUUUUGAUUUGAUGACUUUCAGUCCUCUCCCCAGCAAUUUCGAAUUAAUCUAAGCCAAUUUAUUCUUCAUUUUUCUGUAUAAUCAAAUCAAUGGCUACCAGCAAUAAUGCUCUUGGUGUUGAUAAUACCUUCAGAAAGAAAUUCGAUCGAGAGGAAUAUUUAGAACGCGCUCGAGAACGUGAGAAACAGGAAGCAGAAGGGCGAAGUAAAUCCAAAGCAAAAGGUCCUCCAGUGCAAAGGAAGCCUCUGAAACAUAGGGAUUAUGAAGUUGAUCUUGAGUCUCGUUUGGGUAAAACUCAGGUUGUUACUCCAGUUGCACCUUUAAGUCAACAGGCUGGAUACUAUUGCUCUGUUUGCGAGUGUGUAGUAAAAGAUUCUGCAAACUACUUGGAUCACAUCAAUGGGAAGAAACACCAAAGAGCUUUAGGUAUGUCCAUGCGAGUAGAACGGGCAACCCUUAAACAGGUUCAGGAGCGAUUUGAACAACUAAAAAAGCGAAAAGCUCCUGGCAGCUUCUCAGAGCAAGAUCUUGAUGAGCGGAUCAUCAAACAACAAGAAGAAGAGGAAGAGCGAAAGCGGCAACGACGAGAAAGAAAGAAAGAGAAAAAGGUUCUUGAAUUCAAGGUACGUUUACACUGCAAAGCUUGUGAGAAAGCUGUCCGCAAAUCCUUGCUCAAGAUCGAUGGUGUAAAAUGCGUGGAAAUAGACAUGAUAUCAAGUAAGAUCACAGUGUUAGGGUAUGUUGAUCGCAAAGCUGUGGUGAAGGCUAUUCAUAGGACAGGGAGAAGAGCAGAGGCAUGGCCAUCAAUAUCAGCAUCAUCUCGUAGGGAGGACUACUUUAGUCCCAGACUUCCAAAAGGGUUCAGGUGCAUUAUUCCUCGAUUUGGUUUCCAAAAGUUUGAAAAAGUAAUGUAAUAAUGCUCUUUCUUAAGCUGUAAGCAAAGAAAAAGAAAAACAAUUAUUAUUAUUAAUGAUCGGAUCCUUUUGCUGGUGUUUCUGUAAUUUACCGAUGUCUGCCAACUUUCAGCCUUGGGGUAACAGUUAAGUCAUGUUUCAUUUUGGUUGAAGAUAUUGAAGUAGCCAUGCU